GUAUUUGGAUACAUUAUCAACAACCCUAGAUGAUUCCCACCUCUAUUCGGCCGAAAAAUAAAGAACAAUAAAAAUCGCCUUGUGGCCCGCUAAACGAAUUCGAUCGCUCCUUCAGUCCGACCGACUGCCGACGUGACCUUUCACCUGUGACCCGCGCCUCCGCGAGCGGAAAAGCAACGGCAGCCGCGUUAAUUGGAGCAGCGUGAAAAAGUUGCGGAAUAUCGUGGCAGAAGAGUGUGGAACGAGACGGGAGAGAGCUAGGUCCGUCCAGCAGGCCGCCCGCACGCAUAAAAUAUGAUCAAAUUGCUCGGAAAUUGAUUUCAAUUGGCGACUCAACAAAAGCUAAACUUCAAUGUCUGGCGCCCGCUGCGACUCUUGAGACUUGAUUCACUCGCUUAGAAAACCAACCAGGACUUAGCCAAGCUCCGAACUGAGGCUUUUUGGCCAUGGCGCAGCAAACGCAGCCGCAACAGCAGCAGCAGCAGACAGCGCCGCCGCCGUCGUCGUCGUCGUCGACUUUGACGGGAGCUGCCGCAGCGGGAGGAGCCGGUGGUGACACAGUUGCGCCUCUAUCCGCCCCCUCAACUCCCCAACCAUCUACAGUCAGUGGCAAUAACAACAACAACACCAUUGUCUCUCCAUCGGGUAACAACAAUGUGCUGACUCCUGUCCACGCUCUGGCCACUGCCGGCCAGCCGGUCUUCAAUCAGAUGUACAUGCCCGCCCAUGCAGCACAUCCGCACGCUGGACCGCCCUAUCCGGCCAUGAUGCCGGCGCACAUUCCCAACGUUUUCGUGAACAAUGUAACUGCCAAUGUGAAUCUGCAUGGGUGGUCGCACUCUGUGCCGCCCAACUACCUACCGGGUGCCCAGCCGCACUACAUUGGUCCUGGCGACAUGGCCCAGGAACAGGGCAACACCCUGAUGCCGCAUAUGCAGCCGCUGCCCAUUAAUCUUGCCCCACAAGGUGGCAGUCCCAAUCCCCAUAAUCCGGCCAUGGGCGGUGGUCGUCCCCGGGGUCGGGACCGUGGUCGUGGUGGCGGAGGCAACCGGCGCAACGACUACCAUGGACCACGUCAUCUCCAGCAGAGGCAACAACAGCACAUUGUUUCCAUGGCGCCGCAACAGCAACUGGUACCGCCGGAUGGCGUCCAAGGAUCCAAUCCGGGGAUGCAACUCCAGCCAGAACUGGGCCAGCAGUUGGCCCCCCUGCCGGAGCAGAUGCAGCACAUGCCGUACUAUGCCACUGCGCCGCCUCACGCCUACGCCUACGGGCCCUAUCCUUCGACCUACUUUGCGCCGCAGCAUGCACCGUUGCAGCCUCCGAACUCCGCUGCUCAACAGGCCACCGGGACGCCCCUGUUCAUAUCCCCGGUGAUGUACAACCCCAUUUGCUUGGGAGGCUACUACUACCCGCAGAUGAUGCAUCCCGCGGAGUACCCGUAUUUGCCGGAAGAUGCCGGCCAAGCCGGAGUGGAUGAACGUGUUCCGCAGCCGGAUGGAGGAAUGCCGCCUAUGUGGCACUCGGCCCCCAUGUACGCCGAGGAAUAUGCCGAGGUACUGCAGCAACAACAACAACAGCAGCAACAGGUGGCUGUGGUGCACGCCAACGGAGUGGCUCCGGCGGACGAAAUCAAUCACAACAGCUCGUCGCUGCCCUCGUCGGAGACGUCGAGCAUGCUCAGCCCGAACUACCAGAUCUACGAUCCCCAAAUGCAUGACAUCCACCACCAAAUGGGCGUGAUGCAGAUCUACGACGACGGUCAGAUGGCCACGUUGCAGCCGAUCCACCCAGGUGCCGCUCCCGUGCAGCAGUACGAGGAUGAACUCUCGGAGUGCGGCGUCGUCCCUCCUCCGGGAGCUAUUCCUGUGACCUGGGCAGCUGCCAUGCCCGUGCCCGCUGAGGCUGCCCCGCAGGCGCUCCUGCAGGCGCCACCCACCCAUCAUAUCAUGCAACAGACGUCGCCCGUCCUCAUCGAACAGCAACCGCAGCUGGUUCCGGCACCGCCACAGGCAGAGACACCUACUCCCCAGCACCAGCCGCCCCAGGAGCAUCUGGCUGAUAAAAACUUGAUAAACAACAACAAGGAGGCGGUGGUGGCCCUGGAGGAGAAGUUGGCCAGUGAGAAGCAACAGCAAUUGGAUCAGGACUACCAUCAGCAGGUGCAGGUGCAGCAGCAGCAACAACCAUUGCCAACGAAAGUGCCAAACCUUGUUGUAGCAACAGUGGCACCUCAACUGCAACACCAGCCUCCUGUGCAGCAGCAACAGCCGGCACCACAGCAACAUCAGCAGCAGCAAACAUCGCCGGUGGUGCAGCACCAACACCAGCCGCCCCAGCAGCAGCCGCCCCAGCAGCAGCAACAACAGUCCAGCUACCAUGAGCAACAUCAUCAGCAACAGCAACACCAACAGCAGCAACAGCAACCGCAGCGCAAGCCGCCACAGCAAUACAAUCAAUCCCAGCAGCACCAGCAGGUGCGUCGCAAGUACUCCUCGGAAUACAAUCACCACCACCACCAGCACAGCAACAGCAACAGCAGCGACACUGGCAUCCAGACCACCAAGACCAUGUCCUGGACGAACUCUGCCCAGCACAAGAAGUCAACGCAAUCGGUUUCCGUCACAGCCUCUCCCAAUAGCGUAAACGGCCCAGGAGUGGGAGUGGGAGUGGGUGUUGGACCAACGACAACUGUUAACCAAAAGAGCAAUUAUAGUCACACCACAAAGACGUUCACCAAUCAGCAGCACUACCAGCACCAGCAGCAGCACUACCACAAUCAGAACAACUACAACAGCAACAAUAGCAGCAGCAACAGCAACAGCAGCUUGAACAACAACAACAAUGUGAAGAACAACCAGCCACAAGUGCGUAACUAUGGGACCAUGAAGGUGCCAUCAUCGCCGGUGGCCAGCACAGCUCCCACGCUGGAGAGGAAGAACAGCCAGCAGGGUAGUGCAGGAGUUGCGCCAGCCACCACAUCGGCAGCAUCGUCGGCCAUCCCAGCGGCAAUCACAACAGCAACUACCUCAACGGCCAGCAUAACGGCCACGCCGAACCAAUUCCAACAGGAGACCGCCACCCAGGCCGCUCCGCCGCCAAUUGCUAGUGCAAGUGCCCCGGCAGCAGCCACCAUCAUCACCGCAACAGCACCACCAAAGUCGUAUGCGACCAAAAAGCACCAGAGCUACGAGCCACCUGUCCUCAGCACCGUGGUGGCCUCCACUCCCAGUUCAUCGAAUCCGCAACCGCCGCUGAAUCUUGCGCCGCCCGCACCACCAGCCUCGCAGAACAGCGGCGAGAGCGCCCAGCUCUCGUGGGCCAGUCUGUUUGUCAGCAACAAGCCAGUGGCCAAGGUGGCUCCCUACGAAGCCACCAAGCCUCCUCAGCAGCAGCCACAGCAUCCCGUGAUGCAACUGGCUCCGCCACAGCCUGCCCCGGUGGCGGUGACCACCACGCCCCAGCAGCUCCAGCUGGCCCCACCACAGAGUGCACCACUGCUGACUACCCACCAGCAAUCGCAGCUGCCAGCCCCAGUUCCUGCUCCCACAGUUCCUUUGGUCACACCCGGAGCUCUAUCCUAUUCGGCGGCAUCCGCCCAAGCGGUACCCGCUUCGCUGCCCAGUCCGGCCUCCGUUUCCGUCAAGCCCCUGAAGCAGGAGGUGGUGCGUCCUGCCCAGCAGCUGGACGAGUGGACCAACAAGUACGCGGAAUACCUGACCCGCCACAAGACCUACUUUGCGCCGAUCAGCCUGCGCCCGCGGGGCCUGACCAACCGGUCCAACUACUGCUACAUCAACUCCAUCCUGCAGGCCCUACUGGGCUGCUCCCCGUUCUACAACCUGCUGCGAUCCAUUCCCAAGCAGGCGGCUGUCCUCAGCGAGGUGAAGACGCCCACAGUGAACGCCAUGAUGUCCUUUAUGUCCAACUUCUCAUCGCUGCCCAGCGGCUUGCGGCUGCGACUCAACACUCUGAACAAGGGAUCCCAAAACAAGGGAAAGGACGAGUUCGUUGGCUCGGACUUGCAGUGCGACAUGGCCUUCGAGCCCACUGAGAUCUACAAGCUGUGGAACGACAGUCGUGAGGAGCACGUCGAGGGACGCCAGGAGGAUGCUGAGGAGUUCCUGGGAUAUGUGCUCAACAAGCUCAACGAUGAGAUGCUUGAGGUGAUCAAGCUGAUUGACAAGCCCAGUGCCCAACAGAACGGCCAGGAUCAGUCCGAGCCGGAGGAUGGCGGCGAUGUUUGGCAGAUGAUAUGCAACAACCGCAACAAGGGCAGUGUCACCCGUCAGACUGACUUCGGACGCACUCCGGUUAGCGAUAUUUUCCGCGGAGAGCUGCGAUCCCGGCUGCAGCGCGAGGGCGAGCACUCCACAGAUGUGAUUCAGCCGUUCUUCACGCUCCAGUUGAAUAUUGAGAAAGCUGCCUCGGUUAAGGAGGCCUUGGAGAUCCUGGUCGGUCGCGACCAGCUGGAGGGUGUCACUGGCAGCAAGACCAAACAGGAGGUGGUUGCCUGGCAGCAGAUGACUCUGGAGAAGCUGCCCGUUGUUCUGAUAUUGCAUUUGAAGUACUUCGAUUACCGAUCGGAUGGAUGCACAAAGAUCCUCAAGAAGGUCGAGUUCCCCGUGGAGCUUAAAAUAGAUGCCAAGAUCCUUGGAUCGAAGAAGACCGCCCAGAAACAGCGGGCCUACCGCCUCUUUGCCGUCGUCUACCACGACGGAAAGGAGGCCUCCAAGGGACACUAUAUCACGGACGUAUUCCACUCCGGCUACAGCAGCUGGCUGCGGUAUGACGACAGCUCGGUGAAGCCGGUCAGCGAGAAGAAUGUUCUCCAGCCGCACACCCCACGGGUGCCUUACCUUCUGUACUAUCGUCGCUCGGACACUCUGCCCCAGCAGACGCAAAGCCAGCAGACGAACGGCGGGGGAUCCGGUCCGGUGGGCAGCUCCUCCUCCAAUGCCGGCGACAAGUGAAUCACAUGCAGCGAAAAAUCAGAACUUUAAGUGUUAGGAGAUAAACCUAUAUAUAUAUAUAUAUUUUUGGGUCAGUGCGUAUGAGUCGAGAGUGUUUGCGAGUCGAGUUUUGUUUUAUAUGCAUAUACAUAUACAAAUUAACAAUUAGAUAUAUUCGAGCGGUAUAUAUUUAAGCCCAAAGUCCAAAGUAAUUGUGCGAUUGUGUGAGAGAAAACUUAGCUCUAAGCUAGACUAGACUUAAGAUGAGCAGAAGCAUAAGAACGAACGAAAACGUUGUACAAAAAGUAGGAGUGUGGGGAUAUGCAUGAGAACUCUGCAAGCUAGCCAGCAGCCAGCGAGCAUCAUUUAACCUAGAGCUAUAUCCGAAAACUUCUCCCUUUCUCUGUUGUGAAGCACAAAGAGCUCCCGGUUAUCUGUAUCAGUAGUUGUUAGGAUCGCCGCCCCAUCCCAACCAUAGAAUUCUUUUCGAUAUAUGUUAUAUGACAAGCGGUUAGAGCUGUAAAUACUUAUACCAAUAUUGUAGUUGAUCAUUUUCGCGGUGUGCAGAAUGCAUUUAAACAGAAACACCAGCAACAAUAUGUGGAAUGCUUUGAAUAUGCUUUAAAGAAACAUAAGUUAGGACCAGAUUAAAUAUAGACAGUUGUGGUCAAAGUAAAAGCCAGCCGAUUACUUCUAAAAUUUAAAGAGUAGCUUGGUCUGAAAGACUCGUCGUGGAAGAUAAAAAAAAGUAUACCAUUGUUUUUUGCCAAUUUUUUUUUAUAUUGAUAUUAGAAUUACAUAGUAAGUCUACGUAUUUUUUUUGUAAUGUUGAGAAGAUAAAAUCAAAUAUAUAUUUUUUUUUAUUUUGUCCAGUUGUAGUGCUGAUAUUUUGACCACAAUUGUAAAUAGCGAUAAUUCGUACAUUUGUAAUCAGAUAUAUAAGCGAGGUCAUUAUGUAAUUUAUUUUGUAUGUUGUUUAGUUUUAAACGCAUUCAGUUAAUACAGGCAGAAUCAUAUAUCUACGCAUAUACUAAAAAUGUUAAUCCUAGUUAGUGAAACUUUUGGAUGAAAUGUCUGUAGCUUGAAUUCGUUGUUUGCCUUUUUGAUAUUCGAGUGUCCGCAUUACUUGGAACAUACAUUAGGUUUAGGGCAUAAAGUUUGUAUAUCAUAAUAGAUAAUUACGCUGGGAUGGAACUGAAUGAUUUAAAUGAAGAAUAUAAUUAUUCGUAAUCGGGUCAGAACUAAAACUAAUCAAUCAUACUAGUUAAUAUCUAUCUAACAAACGUAUACACACACAUAUAUAUAUAUAUUUUCUUAAGCUAUAUAAACGCAUAUAUAUUAUUUAUAGAUAUCGUGCCAAUGUUAAAAUAUCUAAAAACUAAAAAAAAAAAAAAUAACGAUUAAAUAAGAAAACGUAAUGAUUUGUGAGAGAGCUUUGUAAAAGUCAGCUUUUUAACGAGAAAGGAAUACCCUUCUUAAGUUUUGUAUAAUUUUUCAAAAUUCAUGACUGCAUCCGAAAUACUUUUUUGUAUGGCCUGAAGAUUUUAUUGCAUACUUUUAGACAGUGGUUGAGUAUUUCAGUGUUCGCGAUUUUAGAAAUCUCCGGAUUCUAAAAGCAAUCUUUGUUGGCACUUGAAUGAACGCCUAGGCAUGCAGGUCGUCACCUCGUGGACUUCCGUCCACAGUGAUUAUUAACCAGUAACCCACUUAAGUUUCGAGUUUUUAAUUGUGUGCAGAAUUGCUAAAAAUAUCCUUAGGCUAAUUGUGUACUAGAGGAGUGCAUUGACAUCUACGACGUAUAUUAUCACAAAGGCGAAACCAUAUUAUAUAAAUCUACAUAUUAUAUACAUAUAUAAAUAUAUUUUGAUGUUAUACACAUAUGAACUAAUUGUAAGCCAAAUUAUAGGAAAACAUUUUUUAUAGACACUUGUACGCAUCUGCGUUUUGCUAGUUACAAAUAGGUUCCUAAAACUACGAAGAAAAAACAACCACAAAAAAAGAACAGGAAAUGUUGAAUGAAAGGAAUAUAGAAAACAAUAAUAAUAAUAUUGAUUUAUAUGUAGUCUAAAGCCAAGCUAAAACCAUAAACAUUAUAAACCGAAAACACAAACAUACAUAUUUAACUAUAUAAAUUCAAUUUAUACAAAAACAAGAAACACAAAAAAAAAAAAACAAAUGAUUGAAAAAGUCGAAUUACCAUUUAUAUAUAUUUUUGAAACUAAAUAAAAAUGUCAAACAUAUACAAAAAUAUGUAGAAUUAAUGAUAAAACUAAAGACGUAAUACUGUAACUUUUCUCAUAAUUUUUUUUUAAUCCUAAUUGUUACAUUAUGGAAUACUCCAAAAAAAAUCUAAUUUUUCAAUUUUUUUUAUUAUUGAGUUACUACCGGCUUUUCUGUUAUGUCCAACCCGAAGAGUGUGUUUUAAAAAAUCGAAAUUAAGCGUAAAUAUUUUUUAAUUAACGGCCAAUCUUUUCCAACGCUAUGUAUGUCUUUUCUGUCAAUUUUUGUCUUAAACUGGAUUAUAUUUUUUGGUAAUGUUGUCCCCGAAUUAUGGUAUGUUUUAUUUUGUAAGUAGUUUCUAAGGCUGUGUAACUAACUAAAAAAAAACAUGUACUAACCCCUAUGGCGUAUUGUUAGACGUGGAAAGGUUAAAAUUAAACCCCAAUUGUUGUAUUUGAGUUUGCCGGACAAUUUUUGUUUAUUUCGAUUGAGUUGCGAUUGCGAGAUGUGUGGAGAGAAAGAGAAACAGAAAUUGGCAAGUGCACUUACUAAACGUAUAAUAAGAAAAACCUAGAAUGUAAACUGAAGAUAAAGAGCAGCUCUAAGUACGUUUAGCCAGCAGACAAACUAAUAUUAAUCGUUUUAUAACCAACCAAGUUUUCUAAAGCCAAGUCGCUAGCCGAACGAAAAAAAAAAACGUAAACAAAGAGCGUUAGCCAAAACAAAUAAUAAAUUAAUAAAAAAAAACAAAAAUGAAUAACAAGACACUAGAUGUUUAGCAAUGCGAAAUUAUAAAAGAAAACUGAAGCAAAAGCAAAAUAAUUAGUCCACGUUUAGUCUAACGAGCCCAUGCUAAAGUAAAUCUACAAACUAAAACGAAUUCAGUUGUACUAAGUAAAAGUUUAUAACAUGCGGAUUAAAAUGUAACGUCAGAAACUAAACACAAACGAAUGAAAUGAAUUGAAAUGAAAAUUAUCUAGCAAUAAACAAAAACCGAGUGAUUUCAUUGCCACAA